AUGGCUUAUGAUGACGCCAAGAAGAAAGAAGAAUUCCUAGAGAGUGACCAAAGUGUUGAUGACGUGGGGCUGGCAACUGGCAAGAUACAGCGAGAGAAAAAGCGCGUUUACAAGGAUGUGUUGCAAGAGGAAGAUGAGGUAGCAACUCAGGUCAGGAAGCCCUCAGAGAAAAGGUUGGAGGACAGUGACCUUUUUCUGGGGCCGGAACCUCACAAAAAGAAGAGAAAGCACUCCUCCGAUGAGUUCUGCUACAGAGGUGUUUCGCCUUUGGAUCUACCAUCAAAGAAGAAGAAAAAAGCAGUUUCUAGCGCAUCCUCAGCUGAUACAACCAUGGAUUUACUCAAGGCUAUCACCUCACCUUUGGCCGCAAGCUCAAAGUCUUCAAAGAAGACCUCUGAAAAAUCAUCUCAUUCUUCCUCUGGUCAUUCCGAAAGCAAAAAAGAGCACCACAAAAAGAAGCUGAGUGGAAGCAGUGGGGAGCACUCAGUGGAUGAUGGCAGUUUCCACAAAUCUAAAAAAAUGAAACCUCUCUACGUGAACACGGAGACACUUACUCUUCGUGAACCUGAUGGCUUAAAGAUGAAGCUUAUCCUUUCACCGAAGGAGAAAAGUAGUUCAGCAGAUGAUGACUCUUUCUCCUACUCUUCAUCACCAGCAGCCGCAAAGAAAUCUUCAAAGAAAUCAGCUCGAGAUGAGCAAGGGUCAUUCCUUCUCAGUCAUGAAAUGCAGAGCUUCCUGAAAUCAUCUCGGAAGAAGCACAAACAACCUCAAGACCCGCAUCCACCUUCUGAGAGUUUUGGUGCUGACACCUCUGUUUUUUCUGAGGGCCAUGGAAGUGAGUAUGAGACUUCAGGUAUGGAGGCACCACCAGAAUCUGGUUCCUCUUCUGGUGGCGAGUUGGAGGCUGGAGAGCUAGUGAUAGAUGACUCCUACCGGGAAAUCAAGAAGAAGAAGAAAUCCAAAAAAAGUAAGAAAAAAAAAGACAAGGAGAAACACAGAGAGAAGAAGCACUCUAAGUCUAAAAGAAGUUCUGGGCAUGCUCCUGUGGCAGUACCAGAAAUGACAGUGUCACCACCGCCUCCUCCCAGUACCCCUUACGUUAUUCCUCCAGCUCCUGCUGUUUUUCACUCAGAUGGUCAAGCUGAGAAGAGGAGGAAAAAGGAAGACAAGGAGAAGGACAAAGAAAGAGAAAGAGAGAGAGAAAAACCAAAGAAGAAAAACAUGUCUGCCUAUCAAGUGUUCUGUAAGGAAUAUCGUACAAAUAUUGUGUCUGAGCACCCUGGAAUAGAUUUUGGAGAGCUAAGCAAAAAACUGGCAGAGGUGUGGAAGCAGCUACCUGAGAAGGAUAAACUGAUCUGGAAACAGAAAGCUCAGUAUCUCCAACACAAGCAGAAUAAAGCAGAGGCCACCACUGUGAAGAGAAAGGCAUCAUCUUCAGAUGGUGCACCAAAAAUAAAAGCUUCUCCAACUGGAGUGAUUUCCCCUCAUAAGAAAUCCCCCACCAGCACCAUGGUGAUGUCUUCCUCACCAACCAAAGUCCCCGAGACAGAUCCUAUUGAUGUAGCUGCACACUUGCAGCUGCUGGGUGAAUCUCUGAGCCUCAUUGGACACAGACUGCAGGAAACAGAGGGAAUGGUGGCUGUUUCAGGAAGUUUGUCAGUACUUCUGGAUUCAAUCAUCUGUGCUUUGGGCCCAUUAACAUGUCUGACCACGCAACUACCUGAGUUGAAUGCCUGCCCUAAGCACGUUUUGUCAAACACACUAGACAACAUCGCCUACAUCAUGCCUGGACUUUGAUGGGAAAGGAUCCUGGGAUGUAUUCAACCUCUGCGUAACUGACUUGUGUACAGAUGCACUACACCGGCACUCCCAAAGGGCUCCGUGUGUAGGGUUUUAAAGUUUUUUUAUUUGUAUAGUAUAUACAUAGGA